AGUCGGUUGCGCGUUACCAAGCCAAGUGGAUGACUUUCUUCAUGUGCCUCUUGCCCGGACCAUCACUGCAAUCCUACACUCUGUGCAAUCGUGAAAUAGUUUUUUUUAUUCUUCCAUUAUUUUCAUUUAACUCACCCAUUUUAUCCAGUGCACCAAGAUUAAUUAUCGAUACUGCCGGAUAAACCACUGUGAGUUCCAGCUGUGAGAUUGAUUUUAUUUAUUAGUUUUAUUUUUUAUUGUUGGAGUUUGUUCACCCGAGUGUGUGCAUUUGCUAAGAAAGGAUAUCUGAAGUUUUCUGAGGUAAUUCUCUCGAGGAAUUUUUGACGAUCGACGGGGAACACCCGGUGAAUUGAAGUUGGUUGAUUUUUUAAAUAAAAUAAAAUAUACGAUAAAUAAAGAUGGGAGCGCGACACAGCAAAAGGUCCAUGGAUGUUACAACAACACCCAAGAAGGAGGGUUUGCCUGCUGAGGGUGGUGAUGCUGCACCAGUUGGUGAUGGCAAACUUGAGAGGAUCGAAGAGGCCGAUGUCAAGCCAACUACCAAUGGCGUAGGUGCACACACAGAGGCCAGUGAGGACAAAGAUGUUAAGGACAAGGACGCCAAUACGGAGAAGGAGGAGAAGAAGGAGACAAAGGAGGAUGAGGAGGAAAAGGUAGAGGAGACGAAGGCGGAAACGCCGGGUGAAACACCGACCGAAGGUGGUGAUGCAACGACACCAACUGAAGGCACACCAGCCAGUCCCACCUCUGCAACAUCACCAGAUACAAAGGAAUCCAAAAAGAAGGAAAAGACAAAAAAGAAGUGGUCCUUCAGGACGAUAAGUUUUGGGAGAAAGGACAAGACCAAGCCAGUUCGUGAGGACGCACCCAAAAAUGGUGAUGUCAGCAAAGAGGAGCCACUUGCUGAGGGAGGUGAGGAGGCGGAGACAAGCCCAGCAGAAGAGAAAUCGACACCAGCAAGUCCAACAGAGCCAUUGCCAGCAGCUGCCGAGGAUAGUGAGCAAGCAACCCCAGCAGCAGCUACCGACGAUAAGAAUGAGGCAUCCUCCACUCCUGCCCCCACUCCCACCCCGCUUGAGGCACCCAAAGACGAUGAUAAAGUGGAGAAAAAAACUGAGGAGGAUAGACUCGCUGAUAGCAACGGGGAUAAGAUGCAGUGUCCAUUAAAUUACGCAGACAUCGUGAAGAAAGACCAGAGCAUAGCCGAGCCAGAGGCACCAGUCGAGAAGAUCAACGAGGUGACGACAGAAAAGAUUGAAGAGGCACCCAAGAGCCUUCCACCAUCUGUUCCAAUUGAGGUUUCUGUACCUGCAGCACCCGUCAUCACCGAGGAUGUUGCAUCAGUCACCAAAGCGAUUGAGGAAAUCGACAUCAAUGAGAAGGCAGUCGCAGCGGCAGUGAACGAGACCAUUGAAAGUGUCAAUACAAAUGAAAUAAUUGCCGACAUGAAUCACCAAAACACUCUGAACGAAUAAGCGCCGCUAAACGAAUUUGUAUUUUGGGAAGAAGAAACUUUUUUUUUCUCGUUAAAGCCAAAAAAAAAGUAUAUUAUAUAGAUAUGUAUAUUUGGACCAUUCCUGCAAACUAAACUGAAUAACAAUUUUUUUUUCGUUAAUGAGCAGCAACAGCAAAAACAAGAAAACACCAACGAACCCAUAAAUAACGACUGAUGUUGUUCAACAUCGACCAAGGGCAUGAGAACCAAUUCGUUCGUUUUUUAAUUUAAAGGAAAGGAAAAAACAAAUUUUAUUUCAAAAUUUGUAGGGCCUAUUAAUUGUACAAUUCGACAGGCAGGGGUGGUAGAGAGAUUUUUUUUCCAAAAUUAUCAGUUUAAUAACAAAUAAUUUUUUUAUCAAUCCACAAGUGAAGUUUUAGAACGUAGGAAGUUCAUUUGCCACAUUGUCGAUUGACUCAAUUAUCUCGAUUGUGCCGAGAUAAUUUUACACUGAAGAAAAUCAUCGGAAUGAACUUUUUGCGUUUUAUCUUAACUAGAAUUCAAACAAUUAAAAAAAAAAUGGAUAGGCAACAAAAGUAGCGCAGGCGAUGAAUUAAUUUCACGAAUCAACAUCUCAACAAACUAUUGACUGAAAUUAAAAACACGAACAUCGAUUGAUCAUCGAUUGCGAUCAAUCCCUGCAAAUUUGAAAAGACGAAAAAAAAAUAUGUAGAAAUUUUAAAAGUGUCAUUAAUUGUUAUUAAGAUAAUUCUAAUGGGAAAUAAAAAAAAUUAUUAAUGUAGCAGUGAGACGAGCGAUAAGAUUCGUGGGCGAAAGAAUUAAUUAAUUGAAAGAGCUGAUUGUAAGUGUGUUCUGUUUAAUUGGCUUGAAAUCAUCGUAUUUACCUCAUAAAAAAGAAAAUACUCAUAAAAAUAGGCAGGUGAAUACGUGUGCAUUAAAUACCCUUGGUGUCAAUAAUUGCCACGAAGAAUGAUCAAUUACCGAUGAAUUAAUGAACGAAGGGUCGAGCGGUAAAAGGGCGUGUGUGGAUUUUUUUUGUAAGUAAGAAAUGAAAAAUGUGCGAGAGACUGAAUGAUGGGGCAAUUAUCGACAAAUGAGGAUUAAGAAAUGAUAAAGGGUACUGAGCCAAUACGUGACACACUACAUUAAUUAUCAUUUUUUCGUGCUCGUGGAAUGAACAUUCGAUCGAAUAACUUCUGUUUUUAACGUUUUAAUUACGUAGAGAUGGUUGAAGGAGAUUAGUAAGAAAGUGUUUCCAUUAUCUCGUGAAUAUUCCAACAACUACUGGAUUCAGGGAACAAUGUCUCUCGAUAUUUUUCCCGAAAAUCCAAUGGUUUGAGAGAAAAUCACAAAAUAAACUGCAGCCUCCGAUCUCCAAGAACAAAACCACGAAACAUUAUCCAUCCCAUUAUUUAGCGAAUAUCUUUGAAACCAAUGGGUUGACGUGAAAAUAUCAGUAGUUUUCCUGAAAAUUCUGUUCUUCACAAAAAAAAUUGAUAUUUUCUCUUGAACUCCUCCAAAGUUAUCCGCCAAACGAAAUCUCCUUCUCCAAUUUCCCUACCAAGUCCCUUCCAACCCCUUGAUUCGUCCAAAUUUAUUAAUUUCCUUCAAUUCGUAAUUGCAAAGAGUUUACACUUCCACACUGCGAACACACGCACACUAAAACAAAAACUUUUUACAAGAAGAAGAAAAAAAACAUACGAUUACAGUAAGAGCGACGUAAGUGAUAUAUAAUCUAGACGUAGAAUGAAAAGAAAAACGAAGUUAAAAAAUCGUAUGUGUAAAUUCGACGUUCGAGGGGCUACUCCAUUAAGAAAGACACUUUGCCCAAUGACGAAAGCCUAUCGUAAUUUUAUGAUAAUCAUCCAAACCGAAAAGUGGGAAAGACAAACUAUCGCCUAAUUAAACAUAACGUGAAAAAAUAUGUCAAAAAUCGAUAAAAAUUAAAGUAACGAGACCCGCACAAUAUUUACCAUCCCCCCGAAAAUACAAAAAACUAAAUGAAUAAUACAUUUUUCAACGUUUUUACUACGAUGUUUCUACGUUUAUACGAAUCUUCAUGAGAAAAAAAAAA